CAUCAAAAAUUGUUGUCCCUUUCUCAUUCGGAUAUUUUCUCGAUGGAAUUAAUCGUUGAAGUUCUAGUGCACCGUCAGCGAAGUCAUAGUACAUCAACACUGCCAAAUGAAACGGUGUUAUGCGAAGAUUUUGAUACGACUUUGAAGGGUAAAGAUGAUGCGAAUAUGUAUGGUUCGCAUAGCAGUGUAAUACUCUCGGAGAUUAUUGCCAGUUGUCCGGAACCGGAAGCGACCAACUCUGAGUUGUUGACAGAUUUCGAACUGCGAAAAACAAGAUCGGUGGCCAGCUUCAGUGGUCCUUCAUCGGAAAUGAGCAGCGAAAAAGGCGAUAACUUAGAUUCGAGAGUUGUUGAGACAUUAAUCAUACCAUCGGAAACAACUUCAAUGAAUUCAGUAGCACUCUCUUCAUCGCCACAAAACGUCAGCGUCGAAAAUUUCCUGCGAGAAGGCGAGAAAAAUAUCGACAAAAAACUGAAUCCAUCGCAGUCUAUGUCAACGAAUCAGCUCAUCACACAAAUGAAAUCAUCGAGUGUUUCCAAUCUAUCAGUACGAGACGAUGAAGUGCUCUCGUCUCCGAAGGGUGACUUUCUCAAGGAUAAUAGCAGACCUGCAUCUCGUCGUGAGCGAAUACAAGCAAGAGCAGCAGAAGUACAAGCUCGAGCCGCAGAGAUGGCUGCGGCAGGUAAAGCGCGAGUGUCUGAUCUUUGGUAUCGUCGAAAAGAUCUGCACUCAUCGCAAGUUGAGCUUGCCGCCGAGGCACUUUCGAACGAAAUCGCAAAUGAGGUUUUGAUUGAUGCAUGCACUUUUUAUCGUUGA